AUGUCUGGAGAACUGAGUCAUCAGCCAUACAGUACCCCGGACACAUCACCGCCUACACCUUCGCGGGCGUCAGAUGUGUUAACCACUCGCAGUGGACUCAGCAUCCACAAGGGAUCAUCGACAAUCAAGCCGCUCGCGGCUCGGGCAAACCGUAUCGAGAAGUCAACGCCCAGAAAGAAGAAAGAGAGAGCCAAGUCGUCCAAAAAGGUCGAUGGCGUGACCAAACCUCUGAGCGAGUUGGCCAAGGAACAACCGCACAUUCCAGUGGCAGACAUUGGUGCUUACGUUCAACGGUCUGCAGAGGUACGAAUGAAGGAGGUGGAGGAGAGCAAAACACCCGGCAGGAUCAAGCGGCCGAUGAACGCCUUCAUGCUUUACCGCAAGGCCUACCAGAAUCUUGCCAAAGGCCUCUGCACACAGAAUAACCACCAAGUGGUGUCCCAGGUCUGCGGCAGCGGCUGGCCCCUGGAGCCCGAACAUAUUCGUGAUCAGUUCAACGAUUGGGCCAAGGAAGAGCGAGCGAAUCACCAGAAAGCACACCCAGGGUACAAGUUUACGCCGUCAAAACCGAGACCCAAGGCGAGGGAAGAAGAAGAGUCGGAUCAGGGUGACUUGGACGAUAUGGAGUGGGGUCACAGCCGAGCAAGCUCAAGGAGCAGGCAGCUGAGAAAGCCUGCACACGGCAGAAAUGAGGCACCGGCAUCCAUCUUCCACAACUACCCACCGCUCCAGACCAGCCCGAUGGGUCUCGGUGUGCAGACGCAGUCCAUGUACCACUACAGCAACCCAGGAAAGCCCUUGCCGGCUCCAUAUAGUCAGAAUGGUCUCGGAGGUGGCCAGUAUUACCAGCAAAGCGUCCAUCAGCGGCAGGACGCAACCGGUUUCGUUGAGGACGUGCUGAUCCGAAAGACGCCAUCACCAGCGAUGGGUUAUGCGGCAGCGUCGAUGGACAAUCGUUACGAUGGAAUGGGCCAGUAUGGACCCAUGUCGCAUCAUGAUGGUCUCGAGCCGAUGAUUGAUCCGGGCUUAAUGGGCCACGGAGGUCAUCCGUAUGGAGACCCAUACGGUGAUCCCAUGCUGGAGCCGAGAUGGACGAAUCCUCUCGGUUUCGGCGACGGGAGACAGGACCUCCUCGACGGCUUGUCUGGUUACGACGAGAAUCUCAUGCACGAUCCCCAGCUUCAGAUCCUGAGGGGACAGGAAAGCAGCUGGAGGGUGGAGGAACUUGAGGGCAGCCACUUCAAUAACUGGAUAGACCCAGAGUGA